AUGGCGGUCGCAGCGGUCGACCUCUCUCGUCUUGAUCACGCGGGCCCUGCAGAGCGGGAAGGCAUUCUUCGCACAUUCGCCGAAUCGUGCGCCUCCCGGGGCUUGGUCAAGGUGACGGGCCAUGGGAUCCCGAAGGCACGGUUGAAUGAGCUCUUCCGCUGGUUCUUCGACUUUCCUGACGCUGUCAAGCGAACAGCACCGCGCCCCCGCAAAGGACCCAACCGGGGGUAUAUUGCCGUGGGGGGAGAGAAGCUCUCAGGUAUCUCGGGGUACAUGAAAGGCAUCCGCAACCCAGUCGUGUGCAACGACGUCAAGGAAUCGUUCGACGCCGGGCCUGCAUACGACAAAGUCCAUCCCACCCCAUGGCCCGUUGGGCCUCGCUGCCAAGAAUUUCGGCACUUCAUGGAGGAUUUUUUGGAGGACUGUCUGAUGGUGCAUCAUGACCUACUGCACCUGCUCGAAGAGGCCCUGGGCCUAAAUCAUCAGGAGCUGACCUUGCGGUGCUCGGCCGGCAACGGCGUGGUCCGCAUCACCCAUUAUCCUCCAAUGCCUGCCGCACAGCUGCGGACCGGGUCAACGUAUCGCAUUUCCGAACAUACCGACGUGGGCAUCCUGACGCUGCUCUUCCAAGACAGCGUGGGUGGACUUGAGGUCGAGCGGCAGGACAACUCUGCGGAGUUUGUUCCCGUGGAAAGUUUCUGCGUCAAUGAGAUGAUUGUCAACUGCGGUGACACGCUACAGAGGUGGACAGCCAACUACCUGCGCUCGGCUAAUCAUCGAGUCACAUACCCGCAGGGACUCGGGGGGAAAUAG